AAGUGGAAGAAUGGAAUGGCGAAGCGCAGGAAAAGGCGGGCACAUAUAUCGGGAGGAAGUAGAGGAGGCAGAAAACAAAAGAGGGGUUGGGCACUCAUUUCUUCCACACAAAUUUCUCAUUUCUUUCUCCUUCCCUUCUACCCAACCGUCACUGUCGCCGGCAGGACCUCCUGCCGAGGGCCGCGCGCCUCCCCAAAGUGCGCGCACCACAACCACCGCCGCUCCUACGCCAUUACAAUGGCUAGGGCUUCCCCAUCAACCUCGCAUGCAUUCCUCCUCAUCGCUUUCCUUCUCCUCCUCCAUCUCGCCUCCGCCCAGCCGGAGGCCGACGCUCUCCUCAAAUUCAAGGCCUCCAUCACCAACAACGCCCUCGCCCUUUCCAACUGGACCGCCCCCGCCCCCCCAUGCACAGACUCCGCCGCCAAUUGGAACGGCCUUCUGUGCGAGAACGGAACCGUCGGCGGCCUCCAGCUCCAGAGCAUGGGCUUGGAGGGUACCAUCGACGUCGAUGCCCUCGCGCAGCUACCUAAUUUGAAAGUCCUCAGCUUCGCCGGCAACAGUUUCGCCGGUCCUCUGCCUAAUCUGGCCGCGCUCCCCAACGUCAGAGUUGUUUCGCUUUCCAAUAAUAAGAUGUCCGGCGCGAUUCCGGCGAACGCGUUCCUGGGAAUGGUGGCGUUGGCGCAGCUUGAUUUGGAUAACAACGAGUUCUCCGGCGAGAUUCCGGCUUCUCUGGCCGGUCUGCCGGCGCUGCAGGAGCUUAUGCUGCAGAACAAUAGGUUCGAAGGCGGAUUACCGCAGUUUCGACAAGGUCAACUAAAGAACUUCAGCGUCGCCAACAACGCCCUCUCCGGCGAGAUCCCUCCCGGCCUCAGCCAUUUGGAAGUUUCUGCAUUUUUAGGCAACAAAGAUUUAUGCGGAACCCCACUGUUGCUGUGCGCGAAUCACCCGCUGCGCCUGUCUAUUGGAACAAUAAUAAUGAUGUCACUCGUGGUCGCGGCGGCGCUGGCAGCGCUGGUAGCGGUAAUACUGAUCCUCUGCCGGCGCCGCGCACCCCCGCAGGAUGGCGCGGAGGCAGCGGCCCCCGCCGUGCUCUCCGCCGUUGUAGUGGAGAGCGGGGCGGCCCUGGACAGAAUGGAGAGCGGGCAGCAGCGGUCGGCUCCGUCGUCCCCGGCGGCGGGAGGCGCGCACCAGCGGCGGAAGUCGGAGGGCAACGUGCGGAUCACGUUCCUGAAGGAAGACUGUGAUGUAUUCGACAUGACGGACUUGCUGAAGGCGUCGGCGGAGAUCCUGGGCAGCGGCGUGUUCGGGUCGACGUACAAGGCCGCGCUGACGGAGCGGCAGAUCGUGGUGGUGAAGCGGUACCGGCACAUGGGCAACGUGAGCAAGCAGGACUUCAGCGAGCACAUGCGGCGGCUGGGGCGCCUCAGCCACCCCAACGUGGUCCCACUGGUGGCCUUCUACUACCGGCGCGAGGAGAAGCUCCUCGUCUACGACUACAUCAACAAGACCAGCCUGGCCGCCCUCCUCCACGGCAACAGGUCGCGCCCCGGCCGCCGCAUCCCCGACUGGCCCACGCGCCUCAGCAUCAGCAAGGGGGUCGCCAGAGGCCUCCUCUACCUCCACACCGAGCUCCCCAGCCUCACCGCCGCCCACGGCCACCUCAAAUCGUCCAACGUCAUCCUCCACCCCGACAACACGCCGUCGCUCACCGACUACGGCCUCGUCCCCAUCGUCAACCAGGAGCACGCCGAGCAGCACAUGAUCUCCUACAAGUCGCCCGAGUACAAGCACACGCGCCGGAUCACCAAGAAGACCGACGUCUGGAGCCUCGGCAUCCUCAUCCUCGAGAUCCUCACCGCCCGCUUCCCCGCCGACUUCCUCAAGCCCAGGAAGGACGCCCCCGACGCCGACGCCGCUGCCGCCGCCUGGGUCGAGUCCCUCGCCGCCGACGAGGCCGCCGGCGUCGACGUGUUCGACGCCGACAUGGCCAGGGACGCCGACUGCCAGGGGGAGACGAUGAAGCUCUUGAGGAUCGGCUUUGCUUGCUGCAGGGCGGAGGUGGAGGAGAGGCCCGACAUUAAAGAGGCGGCGCAGCAGAUUGAGGAGGUGAGGGAGAGAGAUACAGUUUGAAAAUUUAGAGCUAAUUAAGAAACUAGCUUCAAUCGUCGCCUAGCUUGCUCGCCCACAUCAAAAUUACGUAUGCUAUGCUUGUUGUGGUUGAGCUUUCUUUGAUGAUUUUUGUAUAUCCUUUCAUUUCAUGAUAGUCUGAGGAUGGUUUGGUAGAAGCAGCAGACUGUUAGAAAAUCAGCUCAUUGUAAUUAAAAAAAUACUCCAUGCAUGUUUAUAAGAAGUGGGAUUCUUGCAGAGAUUAUUAUUAAUUAAUGGAUACAUAUACUUUCUGGAUCUUGAUUA